UCGAAGGCGAGCGUUUCUGUCUGUGAUCGUGCGGAAGGCAGCAGAACGUGUGGUGGCUUGAUUGUGUGGCGACAGGGGCAACAGAGCGUGGGGAGGCUCAAUUGGAUGGUGACGGGGGUGGCUGGUGGGUACCGUCGCCAAACUCGAAUCGAUCGAACGUCUCUGUUUGUGAAUGUGCGGAAGGCAGCAGGACGUGUGGUGGCUUCAUCUUUUCCCAAACAUUGUGAGGGAGAUGGAGAAGAG